CAAUGGUAGAAGAAGACAUAUGUUUGACAUAUAAAUAACAAAAUAUUGUACUAAAUAAAUAAACACUUGGUUUUUUUCUGUUUAUUUAUUUUUACUAGUACUUUGUGAGAUUAUUAAAACCAGGAAAGGACAAGUGUAAAAAAGAAUAUACAUACCUAUCAGUUAUUUACAGAUGAUUUCCGUAAGAUGUACAUCAUUUUUAUUAGGCAUAAUAAUAGCUAGCAUUACAUGGUCGUUUAGUUUAUAUUUUUAUUCAAUUCUUUCCAAAGAUGUUGAUUGGGAAUUGAAAAACUCGAGUAGAGAUCGAACGAUUAAUAGUGGAAACAAUUUAAAUUUAAACAAAGAUUUUUUAGAACUGGGAUUAGUAAAAAAUUCAGAGGAUAAAUGGAAACGAGAACAGGGUUAUAAAAAAUAUGCAUUCAAUGUAUUAGUUUCUGAUAAUCUUGGACUACAGCGUCAUUUACCUGAUACGAGGAAUAAACUUUGUGAAGAACAAAAAUAUGAUGUGAAAAAUUUACCAAAUGCCAGUAUUGUCAUGUGCUUUUAUAAUGAACAUUAUACAACAUUAUUGAGAUCAUUGCAAUCGUUAAUUGACAAAACUCCAAAGGAAUUAUUACAUGAGAUUAUUUUAAUUAAUGACUGUAGUGAUGAUAUUUAUUUAAAUGAACGUAUUAGUCAAUUUAUUGAAAUUAAUUUCAAGGAGAAGAUUAAAUAUUUUAAAUUAAAUAAACGUGAGGGUUUAAUAAGAGCAAGAAUAUUUGGUGCAAAACAUGCAAGUGGAGAAAUAUUAGUAUUUCUCGAUAGUCAUAUUGAAGUGAAUAAAAUUUGGUUGGAACCACUUUUAAGCAGAAUUGCUUAUUCUAAAACAAUUGUGACUGUGCCUGUUAUAGAUAUAAUAAAUCCAGAUACUUUUCAAUAUAGUUCAAGUCCCUUGGUUAGAGGAGGUUUCAAUUGGGGACUACAUUUCAAGUGGGAUAAUUUGCCAAUUGGAUCUUUGUCACAAAAUGAAGAUUUCGUAAAACCUAUUAAGUCACCAACAAUGGCCGGGGGUCUUUUUGCAAUGAAUCGACUGUAUUUUUUUCAAUUAGGAGAAUAUGAUUCUGGAAUGGAUGUUUGGGGUGGUGAGAAUUUGGAAAUAUCGUUUAGGAUGUGGAUGUGUGGUGGAAGUAUUGAAAUUAUUCCUUGCUCUCGUAUUGGUCAUGUUUUUCGAAAACGAAGACCUUAUGGAAAUAAUGAAAAGCAAGAUACAAUGUUAAAAAAUUCUUUACGUGUAGCACAUGUAUGGAUGGAUAAUUAUAAAAAUUAUUUCCUCAAAAAUGUAAAACAGAUUGAUUAUGGCGAUAUCACUGCGAGAAUAACAUUAAGAAAUAAUUUAAAUUGUAAAAAUUUUUCAUGGUACUUAAAUACAAUUUAUCCUGAAUUAAUAUUACCAGACGAGGGGAAAAAAACUUUUAAUGAAAAAUUUAAUAAAAUGAAUCAAAAACCAAUUCAACCAUGGCAUUCAAGAAAGAGAAAUUAUACGGAUCAGUAUCAAAUAAGACUUGUUAAUACAACAUUAUGCAUUCAAAGCGAGCAAGAUAUGAAAACAAGAGGAUCGGGAUUAAUUCUUGCAUCAUGUUUACGAACUAAAUCACAGAUGUGGUUUGAAACUGAGAAAAAAGAACUAGUACUCGGCCAAAUGUUUUGCUUAGAAGCUACUGAUAGAAAGCCCAUACUUGGAAAAUGUCAUGAAAUGGGAGGAGAUCAAGAAUGGCAACAUAAAGGAACUGAUAAUACCCCCAUUUACAAUUUGGCUACUGGCACAUGUUUAGGCGUAUCAGAAAAAAGAAAUCGCGCACAAAUAGUAAUGAACUUAUGUACAAAAACUGAUAAAUCAUUAAUUGGAUGGAAUCUAAUUCGUUCAGUGAUUUUUAAUCUUUGAAGUGUGUAAAAAAAAGACUUUUUUAUAUAAGGAUUGUAAAUUAAAACACCUUUACUUCCGUUGCUGCAUUUCAAAAAUUAUAUCCUGUUAAAAAAUUUGAGAAAAUUCUAUUUGUGAUAUAUAUCUCUUCCAAUUAGGUAAUUAGAAAUAAUUUACCAUUUAUCAAAUGUAUAAGUUUAUUAUAGAAGUAAAUUUUGCAAAACAAUUGAUAAAAUCAAAUAAGUUAUCUAUUUCAAAGUUUUAUUUUUUUAAUAUUUGUAUAACAUCUUCGUCAUGCAUAAUAUGUUGCAGACCAACCCUUUGAGGUGAAUAUUUUGUACUUGUUCCCUAAAAAAAAUAAAUAGGAAAUAAUUUGUAA